AUGGCUGAAGCCGAAGAGGACUUCAGCUCGCUCCCGCUCCCCGAUCGCUUCGUCCACAAGAACUGGAAAGUCAGAAAAGAGGGCUACGAAGCCGCCGCAAAAGAGUUCGACCUCGCCACCAGCGAAUCGAAUCCGGUCGUGCGCCAGUUCAUACAAGACUCGGGCAUAUGGAAAGGCGUAGUAGGCGACUCGAACGUCGCGGCACAGCAGGAGGGCUUAAAGGCACUAUGCUCCUUUCUCCAGAUCGCAGGCACACAGGGCUGCACACGGACGCGGAAUUACACAAUCGCUACAAUCGCCGAAAAGGGCCUUCCGUCGACGCGACCGGCCGCGAAGCAGAAUGCCCUCGAGGCAUUGAUGCUGUACGUUGAAACCGAUAAGCCGGACCCGGUAAUCGAAGAGCUACUGCCUAUUCUCUCCCACAAGCAGCCCAAGGUCAUUGCGGCAACGCUAGACGCCCUGACGCAGAUAUAUCAUGCAUACGGCUGCAAGACUGUCGAGCCGAAGCCUGUUCUCAAGGCGCUUCCCAAGGUCUACGGCCACGCAGAUAAAAACGUCCGAGCAAAGGCACAGGAAUUGACCGUCGAGUUUUACCGAUGGCUAAAAGACGCGAUGAAACCCCUGUUCUGGGGCGACCUCAAGCCUGUCCAGCAGCAAGAUCUCGACAAGCUCUUCGAAAAGGUCAGGGACGAGCCCCCACCAAAGCAAGAGAGGUUGCUUCGCUCCCAGCAAGCCGCCAAGGAAGCUGCUGCAGCUGCUCCCACCGUGGUAGAAGACUAUGCCGAAGAGGAGGAAGAUGUGGUAAUCGACCUUGAACCCGAGUUCGAGCCUGUUGACGUCCUUUCCAAGAUUCCAAAAGAUUUCGGCGAGCGACUCGCUUCGUCAAAAUGGAAAGAUCGAAAAGAAGCCCUGGACGAGGUCCAAAAGCUGCUCAAUGUCCCCAGGAUCGCCGAAGGGUCGUUCGACGACUUGAUCCGCGGAUUUGCCAAGUGCAUGAAGGACGCCAAUAUUGCCGUUGUAACUCUUGCCGCAAAUUGCGUCGAGCUUCUCGCCAAGGGCCUAAAGAGGAGCUUUGCCAAAUACCGAUCGACUAUUAUGAAUCCGAUGAUGGAGCGCCUGAAAGAGAAGAAACAAUCUGUUACCGAUGCCAUUGGAGCUGCUCUGGACGCCGUGUUCGCUUCUACCCACCUCCAGGACUGCAUGGAGGAAAUCCUAGAGUUUCUAAAGCACAAGAAUCCGCAAGUCAAGCUAGAGUCGACACGCUUCCUCAUUCGAUGCCUAAAGACGUCCAGGGAAGCCCCAUCUCCCGCAGAGGCCAAGACGAUAGCCGAGGUUGCGACCAAAUUGCUGACAGAGUCACAAGAAGUGCAGCGAUCUGCUGGUGCAGAGGUCUUGGGUACCCUAUGGAAGAUCAUGGGAGACCGCAUUAUGAAUGCCCACCUCGAUGGUCUUGACGACAUCCGAAAAGCCAAGAUCAAGGAAUACUAUGACAAUGCAGAGACUAGGGCAAAGUACAAGCCAAAACCUGUGGCGCCUCCCAAGGCUGCAGCUCCUCCAGCUGGGAAGAGGCCCAUGGCAGGAAAGCGACCCGCUCCUGGAGGUAUGAAGAAGCCGGCACCUACUGUAGCAGCUCCUCCGCCGCCUCCUGUUGAGGAGCCAGCUGCACCUUUGGCGCCGAAACCCACAUCUCGUCCGGGCGCGUCGAAGCUGGCUGGGCCCAAAUCUGGCCUCGCGGCUCCCUCGCGAUUAGGCGGGCUGAAAAAGCCUGGUGGUGGAAUUCCGGGUCCUCCUGCCGGUACUGCUUCACCUCGACGGCCCAUUGUAUCGCCUCCUCCAGAGGAAACCGCACCGCCACCACAGCCCAAGCUUGGCCUGGCUCCAGGGCGAGGCCUAGCGGGAAGACCGCUCGGAAAACCUCAGGCAGAGCCCGCAGCUCCUACUCCGUUACAAGCACCAAUAGGACUCAGCCUUGUCGAGCGCGCAGAGCUUGACGAACUACGCGCAGAGGUCGAGAGGCUACGUCGGCAAAACGAAGAGCUGCGCGGAGACAGGACAAAACUCACCUCGCAAGUCCACGAGCUGCAGAAUCAAAACGCUCAGCUCAUCGAGGACCACACGCGCGACGUGCUCUCCAUCAAGGCAAAGGAGACGCAGCUUGUCCGAGCCCGCUCAGACUACGAAGCCGCAGAACAGACAGUACAGAACCAGCGCCGAGAAGUGGACCGCCUUAAGAGGGAACUCAGCCGCCAAGUCCGCGCCACAUCUCCCCCUCCCACAGACCUCGCGGACCAAAUCUACACAGACACCAACGGUGUCGGCGGCCGGUUCGGAGACUCGGGAUACGGUACCCAGGGACUGCACAGCCGGAGGGAACGCUUCGCAAACGGACCGACGAGCCCAGGCGGCGAAGGUAAGGAGAACUUUGAUGGUUCCCUCUCCCGCCCUGGCAGCAAUUUGAGCGGCAAGCUGAGUCCUCUUCGCGCAGAUGCAAGCUCAGUGAGAUCGGGUUCGUCGCGAGGAGGCGGACGGAUCAGUCCAGUGGAGAAUGUCGGCAGCCGUAUCGGGGGAACGCAGGCAGCGGCCGGUGCAGAGAGCUGGAAGCGCGCUGCUGAGGUGACACAGAACUUGAAGCAGAGGAUCGAAUUAAUGAAGGCCAAGCAGGGCAUCGGAAGAAACCCACAGUAG